AUGGCUUCAGAGAAAAAAGGAUUGCGAGAUCGCCCUACAUAUCAAAUGAACUCUUUUCGCCAAGCCUUGGUGGAUUGCGACUUGCGUAGUGUCCCAUACCAAGGAUAUCCUUUCACUUGGGUUAGAACAUACCCGAGUGGGGAUAUGGUGGAGGAAAGGUUGGACAGGUGUGUGGUUAAUGGGAGAAUUAGUGCGGAUUAUGGUUAUAUUUUGACAUAUCAUUUAGUAGCAUCGGGGUCAGAUCACUAUCCGAUACUUGGUGAAUUAUUGACUGAUGCUCCCAUCGUGGAGGCAAAGAAAAAAAGAAGAUUUCAUUUUGAACAAAUGUGGACACUUGAGAAAGGUUGUGAAGAUAUUAUUCGAGAGGCUUGGGAUUCAACUGACGCUAUGGGAGGUGUGAAGGAGGGAAUUAAGAAUUGUGCAGAGAAACUGGCAAAAUGGAAUAAAUUAACUUUUGGGCAUGUGCAAAAGCAGCUUGCUGCUGCCCAUAAAGAACUGGAGGUUUUACAGGGCCGAAUGGGACAAGAUCAAGUGUUACUAAGAAAAAAGUAG